GACAAUUUAGUUGAGGACAAAUGAAUAUGUUUAUUGCAAAAUACAAUAUUUAUAAGACAAUCUGCUAAUCCAAUUUCUGGAGUUGAAACUUGUUUUAACUUGCACCGGUAAUAAAAAGCGCUUAAAUACAGCAUUGAACGUCCUUGGUUGUAUUCUGGUGGGAUUGUACCGUAUUAGUUUCACACAGCUGAUAUAUCUUGAUGGAGUAUGACCCGGCUUCACCAACGGAUGAGUUAGAGGAUUGUUCUCCGUCGCUUGAUUUAUCAGCUAUUCCACUACCAAGGCCAAUUAAUGCUCCUAUACCAAAGAGUGUCAGUGAUGUAUGUAAUAUUCCACUACCGCCGGCUGCCAAGAUAGAAGCUUCUGACAUUCCCUUACCAAACCUCAAUGUAGAAGAUAAAGGACCGCCGUUUUAUCCUCGUUUGUCUUCUUAUCUCCCAAAGUCUGACACAGUGGAGUCUUUAGGACCUCUAAAAUUCAGUAUGCGAAAGUCUACCAAGCCUUUACCAGGUUCAGAUGUGCCUACAGAAUCAUCCGGAGUUUUCGAAUCAUCUAAGGAUGUAAAGGUUGAGGAGCCUAAAGCCAUGCCUAAACUCCAAGCGAUGAUGAAAAGGUCAAAGCCUUCUCAACUUCCUGUCGGUGUCUUACCUGCAAAAAACAAAUUGCCUGCUACUGAGGUCAAGACCGAUUUAUUUCUACCAACUAAAGAAAGUGAGACUUUAAGUUCUACUUCAGAUCACACCAAAGGUUUACUGUCUCAUCCUCAUUCUGUUGCAUCUUCUGAAUCCAGUGAUCUUCAAUCUACUAGUUCUAUGAUCAGUUCUGGGCAACUGAUCCUAUCCGGUACAGUUGACAAGUCUAUAGUACUUAGUAAUAAUAUUGCGAAUAAAGCACAUAUUCCUGGAACAAAUUUACCAGUGAAAGCCUCUCCAAUACCAAAUUUAAUGAGUUUAAAUAUCCAACCGCUUCACCACUCUGUACCGAUCGUUGCCACUCGAAAUUUGAUCCAUGCUCAUGCAACUGAUCCCACUCUUGUUCAGGCGUCGAUACCCCCAACUGCUGGAAUGCAGUUUGUAAACCCUCAAAAGUUUAGAUCUGCGCAGAUGAUUGCUACUCCGUUGAUAGCUAAUCCGGCUGUUGCGAAUCAGUCUCAACAGAAUGAGGAGACGCCGAAGAGCAAAAAUGGUCGUCGUCGAUCAAGAUCACAUUCCCACAAGUAUCCUAGGUCUCACAGACGGUCUCGUUCUAGAAGGUCUAGUGGAAAUCGACACUCACGACGUCGCCACUCAUCUAGCUCCUCGAAUUCAGUGCACCGCUCUAGCCGUGCUCGCCACAGAUCGCGGUCAUAUCAGAACUCUAAAGAGCGUCACCGUUCAUCUACUGAUCACGGUCACCUUAAAGGUAGUAGGAAACGCAGUAUUGAUCACAAAAGAAAAUUAGAAGCCGCUGAAAGCAUAGGAAAACGGGAAUCAGACAGAAAAAAGUUCCCUACUUCUCAGAAAAAACUAGACCACAAAAAUUCACACUUGGAAGAAACAAAGAGAUCUUACCAUCGCUCAGGCACUCCAGAAAAAAAAAAGAAAGUGUGCGAAAAAACUGAACGAUCAUCGUAUGUUAAAAAAAGCAAGACUAGCACAAAAAGUGCCGUUGCUCGACCUAUCGUCAAGAGCCUUACAGAAAAAGUAGAUUCUGAUGUUAAGCGGGAAUCUGAUAAUGUGCAAUACGUUCAGACGCAGAAAUUAACUUCACAUAUUACUGGUACACUCGAAGAUGUUUACCGUAAGACCCAUCCAAAACUGGGUUACAGACAAUCAUCAGAACAAACUGAUAGUGAUGAUCCCUCGAAUAGUAGCCCUAAUUCAUCAUCAAACAGCGAAAAUCAGUCUCCUUCUAGAAAGCUUAUUUCACUUAAGCAUGAACAGUCGAGUAAUAGUAGCUCGACGGAUUCCGACUCAAGUCAACAUGGAACUAAUCAUUCUACCAGUGAGGUUAAACGUCGACACAGUGAGGUUAUUCGGAAUGAAGGACAAGUGAGUAAUAUGAAAUCUCAAAAACGGACGUCACAGUCACUCCAUCCAUCCAAAAGUGUGAAUAUAGAUGAAAUACCGCUACCAUCUCCACCUAACAAUAUACCAAAUUGUAUGGAAGUUCAGCCGGUGGAUAGCUAUGUCAUGGAGUCGGAGUCGAAUGUGGAGUUGGACACAGUCUGUCCACAUAAUGUAGAAGUUGCUAAUGCUCAGAGCUCUCCGGGGGGUGAGUUUAUCGUCACUGUCAAUGACGUCCUUGAACCCAUCUCAGUUCCUGACUUAUUUUCUCAUGUUUCAAGUGAACCUAGUUCCAUCAACGAGUCAUCCCAGCAUUUGGAUAUGCAAGGUAUUCAAAAAAUGUGUGAGGUGACUGAUGGCAUCCAGUCACAACCUGCUAGAGACCUGGAUGUGUUAGAUAUCCAGUGCUCUGAAAUUGAUGAACACGUAGAUGGUACACCACUAACAGUUGUCAGUACACAGGACAUUAGGCCAUGCGAAUCGAAAUACGACCUGCGGAAACGGAAGACUAAGCCUCAUAUCCCGAUGUGUUUUCUGUCCAACACUCUCAAUCCGUAUGAAAGGUUAUCCGAUUAUGAUGUUGAUCUUAGCAGCAUUUUUUCUUCGUAUCCUGGGGCACCUAUUCCACAAUACACUCACUUGUUGAACAAUGACUACAGUCUUUUGAGUUCGAUCCGUUCAUCGAUUCCCAGUAAGUCAACAUACUCGGGAAGUGGUAAGCUUCUUGGGGCAUCUGGAUUGCGUGCUAGUUCAUUACACUAUGAGAUGCGACAAUGGAUUUGUGAUUGCGUCGCUCCUACUCCAGUGGAACUUGAUCUAGGCAUACUUUCCUGUGGUCCUGGUUGUAUCAACCGUGCUCUGAAUAUUGAAUGCGGACCGCAUUGUGCUGCUGGUGAUUUUUGUAGUAAUCGUCAGUUCCAGAUGAGGCUUUACGCUCCGACAAGACCCUUUUAUGCGGGUAAAGACAAAGGGUGGGGACUGAUGGCAACAGAUAACGUCGAAAAAGGAUCUUUCGUAAUUGAAUAUGUGGGAGAAGUAAUUGACUUUUCUGAAUUUCGUCGACGUAUCCGGCGGUACGAACGCCUGGGUCACGCUCAUCACUACUUUAUGGCUGUGGAGUCAGAUAGAUUCAUCGAUGCUGGUAGUAAAGGCAACUGGGCAAGAUUCGUAAAUCACUCAUGCGAACCCAACUGUGUUACUCAAAAGUGGAGUGUGGAUGGUGAAAUACGCAUUGGAUUUUUUGCUAAAGAAGAUAUCCCAUCUGGUCAGGAAGUAACCAUAGAUUACCAGUUUGUCCAGUAUGGGGUUUCUGAACAAAAGUGCUAUUGUGGUGCGUCUACCUGCUCUGGUGUAAUGGGAGCGACCAGCAAAUAUUUGCAAGAAAAAGUUCGCAUGAAAGAUACUACAAUGGUUGAAAGACGCAUUCUUCAACUCCUUCAAUUAGAUUCGUUCAGAAAUGCAGACGAUAUAACUCUGUUAUUACAAGUUAUGGUUCAAGAAUGCCUUACAAGGUACACUCGACUGCAGCUUCUUAGCCGUCUGAUUAAAACAGAAAACGAUGCUUGUCUUAAACUUUUUCGACAGUAUAAUGGUCUCGAUAUGUUGGCGGCCUUUAUGUGUGAUGCAGCGCCGAAAGAUUGGGAACUCAAAAAGCAGAUAUUAGUUUGCUUGAAACACAUCCCUGUUUCAGAGCAAAAACAAGUACAGUCGAAUUCACGCCUUAUGGAAAUAGUAGCACAGUGGACUUCCAAUCCUCACCACUGUCGGGCACGUAGUAUUCCUCCCGAGUCGUGGAAGAGUGCUGAUGUACAUAUAGCAGAUACUUCAAAUGUUACUUUGGUUAGAUUUUCCACUGAUGAACUCCCUAUGGAGUCGAAUUUUGACUCUGAUGAAACAAAAUCACUAUCUAAGAGUACCAAAGACAAUGAAUCAUCUUCCAUACAAACAGGUGAUAAGAAUAGUGAUUUUGCUGCAUCACCUUCGAGUUCCGACUCAUUUAGUUCUUCCUUGAAGGAGAAUGCAUCGUGUGUGUUGCAUGCUUCGACACUCUCAGUUUACGAAGAAGGUUUUAACGCUAUCACUCAAACUUCGGAUUGUGAUAUGUCCCCCGUAACUGUUGUGGAUGAUAAUAAUGGUGAAAUUGAAGUCGGAUAUGCAGCUGACAACAACGAAAUAAAUAUGGACACUGAAGAAUGUAAAGCUAAGACGAAUGAGGAAUGGAUAGAGGAGAUCAAGGCUUUGGCUUGUGAACUGCUUGAAAAAUGGUCUAAGUUACCGAAGGAAAACUACCGGAUACCGCGAUUGGAGCGUCAAGAAACCGAGAAAAUGCUUCAUAUAUCAAAUCGAAUUGGUUCUUCUCUUAUCUCUUGGGGAUCGGAAUACAAAGAUGAACAAGCAAUAUCCAAUAAAUCUUGGACUCAGAAGAGUAGCAGUAAAUUCCAGUCAAAUAAAACUCUGCGUGACAAACUGGUUUCAUCUUUCAUUCGAGAGCAGAAUGGUCCAAAAGCAUCCAACAGUUCGUCAUGUUUGUCCAAAGCUGAGAGACGUAUGCUUUUCGAAGCUCAAGUUAAAGCUAAUGAAAAUCAAUGUUCAUCUGAAAAUUCUGUUUCUACAUCGGAUGAUUUUGUGCAAACAAAUCCAUCUAACGACGAAAAGGAUACAGAUCAUCUACGUCAGGUAAUUUUUUGCUUGUUUCUUACCUUUAUUUACUUAUGAUUCCAUUUUUCUACAACAUUUUAUCAAAUCCAAAUAACAGCCAACAAUUAAUUUCCUGAUCAAUAUUAAUUUAUCAUUUUGUUUUGCUUAAUCCUAUAGUAUUUUAGUAUUACUUUUCCAGUCAAUAUGAUGGCUUCUCUCAAAUUUCUGUGAUAAAAUCAAAAUCUAAAAUUUGUUUUUUCUAGAAUACUACUUCCAUGAAAUGUUCAUUACUCUUAGCCUUAUGGUCUUCACAUAGUGUCUGAUCAGUUGAUGGCAAAUUUACGGACAUAAAGCGUUAUGUCUCGAGACCGCGGAUUGAUAUCACAUGUCAAAUCAUCAGUCAGAUUCCUAAUUCUCGUUCUUGCACAGCUUAUUGUCUUCGAUUUGAUCAGCUACAUACCUCACGAGCAAUUUCGAUCGUGAACUGAUACAACUAACUUCCUAUUGGUCCGCAUCUCGCAAAUUUCUCUCUUUACCUUCCUUAAGUCCAAAAGUCAGCAAACAGCUUCUACUUUAUAUGCUUCAAACAAACGUAGUUUAUAUACGGACAUACCAGCUGCAUCACAUCAUAAAAUGAAAAAUUAUACAUAAACGGGCGAAAAGCGGCUAUGAAUAGGGUAAAUGUAAGUAAUAGAAUGUCAACAAAUUUUGAAGGCAUGAUAGUAGUUAAUGCGUUAACCGAAAACUUAUCAUCAACAGAGUACAUAAAGAUAGUAACCCAGUUGCUUACUAAUCAAACAACAAAAUUAUAAUUAAAAAUAAUCCGUAAAUUAGUACUAAAAAUAUUCACUAUACUAUAAUAUAAAAAAUUAUCUCAUACAUCGACUCUCUUGUGAACGAGACAACUCAGAGUGAUAUUUCUAGAAUAUUAAAUGAUUUCGUGACAUUUGAUUUUCACUUCACAACUAUAAACAUUUAGGGUUAGAUACAUUGUGUUAUGUCAAUAAAAUUUUAGUGAUAAAAUUAUAGGCCGUAAACAAACCAUGCUAAAAAAUAGCAAAUCACAAACCAGUAAUAUUUGAUUGAUUCUCUUUGCAUCAUUUCACGCUCGUGUUAUUUGGUAUUCGUUCUUUUCAUUGUUUCAGCUAUUACUCUGUGCACUUUUAAGUGAGUGCGGUCGAAACGAUACUGCCCUUUCAAAUCUUUUAUCUAACAUAGCUGUAGAAUUGAAAAGCAUGCCUGUUGUUUCUACUUUGUUACAAGCCUUACCUCGUAUGUUGACUUUGAUGUCCAGUUCUUACGAUUCAGAUUUGGUGAGUUAUCCUCUAAAUAUUUCUUGUUGUGUAACGUUAGUCCCAUUGAACAGAUACAGAGAACCAGAUCGGUCAUAUUUGCAUCAAUAAAAAAUUCAGGUCAAUGUAAGACUGAAGUUAAAUAAGCAAUGGACAACUGGAGAAACAGAAUUGCGAAGGUCCAAUACAACCUUGCUUCGAAAUACUGAAAAAAAAUCAACGGAUUCAAGAUAACUCUCAACAAUGGGUUCCAAGCCUUACAUGAUCUACUAAAGGAGUAAGAAACUACUAUGAAGGACAACUGGAAAGAAAUCAAAGAAGCAUUAACUUCAACGUGUCAGGAGGUUCUGGGCUGCAAGAAGCAUCAUCAUAAGGAAUAGAUCUCUAUAGAAACACUGGACAAGAUCAAAGAAAGGAAAACCAAGAAGACAGCAUUUAACAACAGCCGAACACGAGCAGAGAAAGUCAAAGCACACGUGGAAUACACAGAAGCAAACAAGCAAGUGAGCAGGAGCAUCAGAGCCGACAAGUAGAAAUAUGUGGGAGACCUAGCAACGACAGCUAAAAAGGUGCAAGAGAUGGAAAUAUGAAACAAAUAUAUGACACAACAAAGAAGCUGGCAGAGAAAUAUUGCAACCCAGAAAGACCGGUCAAGGACAAAGAAGGGGAGCUAAUUAAUGAAAUUCGAGAACCAGAAGAAAAGAUGGGUAGAACACUUUCACGAACUCUUGAAUACUUCAGCUCCACUGAAUCCACCGGACAUCGAAGCCAACACACACAGACCUUCCUAUAGAUGUCACUCCAUCAACGAUCGAAUAAAGCAGGAUGGUCAUC